AUGACUGGACUCCCCGUCGCCAGCAAAAUAGACAUCCUGGGAUCUGUUGUUUCGGCGCUUGUGGUAGGUCGCGGAGAUGUUGGGGAAGCGUCUAGAGAGGAGGUGGAGGAUGCCCCAGAUGUUGUUGUUUGUGCCUCUGCUGAGCUUGCGGCCGGUCCUCGCAACUCAAGGUCUCCCUCCUGCGUUGAGAUGGGUGAGAUGAGGGACUGCGCUGCAGUUGACCCAGUGGUCAAAUACUCGGCGCAAGUCACUUCUGA